AGAUUCUUUACUCCACAAGGAGUUGAGGCUGAAUUAAGGCAUGCCACAAGGGAGUUUUUCAGAAGAGAAGAUGGGAUCACAGUGGAUUUGCCCAAGAGGACUGUUUACCUUAAUAGCAUAAAAGCGUUCAUGGAAGAAUUUGACAUGCGCAGUAAGGUUCAAUGUGGAUUUUGGAACAGAGAAGGAACUUGUCAAGUAUAUCCUAAAUUUCCGGAUGCAACUAAAACUGGUCUUCUGACACAUCUCUGGGAGAUGGUGGCCCAAUUAAUAUUGUUUACCAGAGCUAUGAUUGGUCUGUCAACUCUUAAAACUCAGUUUAUGUACUCUCUCUCAUUUGCCAUUCUUUCAGAUAUAGAGGCCUCAAGCAAAUAUAUA